CUGCGCAAAAAGUCCUGUGUGGUGACGGAUGUCCAAAGUUCAGAACUUUUUCAAUGCGCGUCUCAUGCGGACUGAAGGAUGGGGACGGCUUAAACUGCGCUUUUCUCUGUUUCAAUUUUCAUCUUUGCUCAAAGGAACUGUGUUUUUGAUCUUAUUUUACGCACAGCAGCGCUCAGAGGAGGGAGAAGCGGAACUUCAUUUUUUUCCGAGGGGGGGAUAUUUUGGAGUUUUAUCCUCGACAUGCAGGCUCGCUACUCCGUCUCCAGUCCCAACUCUCUGGGCGUCGUACCCUACAUCAGCAGCGACCCGAGCUACUACCGGGCAGCAGCCGGAGGGGGCUACACGGGGAUGCCAACACCUAUGAACAUGUACUCUCACGCGGCGCAUGACCAGUACCCGGCCAGCAUGGCCCGGGCGUACGGACCGUACACCCCCCAGCCUCAGCCUAAGGACAUGGUAAAACCCCCCUACAGCUACAUCGCGCUCAUCACCAUGGCCAUCCAGAAUUCACCGGACAAGAAAGUGACCCUGAACGGGAUUUACCAGUUUAUCAUGGAAAGGUUUCCGUUUUACCGAGACAACAAGCAGGGCUGGCAGAACAGCAUCAGGCACAACCUGUCGCUCAAUGAGUGUUUCGUCAAGGUGCCCCGCGACGACAAAAAGCCCGGCAAAGGCAGCUACUGGACCCURGACCCGGACUCGUACAACAUGUUUGAGAACGGGAGCUUCCUGAGGCGGAGGCGGCGGUUCAAGAAGAAGGACGCGCUGAAGGAGAAGGAGGAGCGGCUGCAGAAGGACCUGCCGCCCCGGCAGCAGGGCCGCGGUGAGUCGGAGCAGACCGUGCAGGGCUCCCAGCCCGUCCGGAUCCAGGAUAUUAAAACCGAGAACGGCGCCGUGACUCCGCCGCAGGCCGACUCGCCCUCCCUGAGCACCGUGCCCAAAAUCGAGAGCCCGGACAGCAGCAGCAGCAUGUCCAGCGGCAGCCCCCACAGCAUCCCCUCCGGCAGGUCGAUCCCCGGCAUGGACAGCUCCGAGCACCACCAGCACCACGGCCAGGCUUCCACGCAGGGCUUCAGCGUGGACAACAUCAUGACCUCCCUCCGGGGUUCCCCACAGGGGGUCACCGAGCUCACCCCGGGUCUAAGCGCCUCCACCAGGACGGGUAUAACGCCAUCUUUGUCCCUAAACUACUCCCCCAGUCAGACAUCAGCGUAUAGCUCACCCUGUAACCAAAACUCCAUCUCUACUACCUCCAACGCGACCUAUCACUGCAACAUGCAAGCCAUGAGCCUUUACACUGGGGACAGGUCAGGCCACUUGGCACCGAGCACCGUGGACGAAACGCUGCCAGACUACUCCGUCACAACGACCUCGUCUUCCCUGAGCCACAACCUAAACUCCGGCCAGGAGGGCCAUCACAGCCACCAGGGCAGGCUGGCCUCGUGGUACCUGAACCAGGCCGGAGACCUGGGCCACCUGGGCGCGUCCUACCCGGCUCAGCAGCAGAACUUCCACUCGGUCCGAGAGAUGUUUGAGUCCCAACGGAUCGGCUUGAAUAACUCCCCGGUGAACGGGAAUAACAGCUGUCAGAUGUCCUUCCCUCCGAGCCAGUCCAUCUACCGCACGUCGGGAGCUUUCGUGUAUGACUGCAGCAAGUUCUGACCAAAGAAAAAAGGACAGGGAAAAAAAUGGAGCAAACAAAAGACAAAA